GGAAAAAGUUUAGUAGCCCUGAAGGUACCUAAAGCUUAAAAGCUUGGAAGUAUAUUAGCCCUGGAACACUGGAUCGUCUUCUUCACAUGCUAAACAUUCGAAACCUUGACGACAUUGACUGAACCCAUCAAAAAUCAUGUCUACUUCAAUUCUGACAGGUUGAAAAAUAAAUUCCCCGUGGCCAUUAACUUCUCACAUUAUCACACACCUCUUCUCUUUGCGUUGGCAGUUGGGCGCUUCUAACGGUUACCGUUUCUGUCUAACCCUUCGGCAUUCCUGUUGCUUAAAUGUCUCGGUAGCGAAGCCUCCCAAACUGCAAAGUCUCAGACAGACAGACAGACAGACAGACUUUGUCGAUCUCAACUAGCUAUUAUAUAGCUCCUUAAUACGAUCCUCUAUUUCCAGCGUAUUCCCAUAGCUCUAGAGCUUCACCAAGAUGGAGAAAUACAGCCAAUUUCGUGACCGAGGUUCCGGCAUCUCGCCCUUCAUCCCCUCGUCGACACCGAGAUCAACGCUCUCCACCAUCCUCCAUUCAUUCCUCUUCCUAUUCCGACUACCACUCUUCCUAUCGUACAGCGCGCUGUUCUUCCUUAUCCUCGAUAAUCUCCCAACCUUUCUCGUGCCUCAGGUCGCUCGCAAAUUGAUGUUAUGGACUUUCCUGGGUAUACCGGGGAUAUGGUGGGUGGAUCUACAACUCGACGGCGUCAAGCGUGGCUCGCUGUCACAACAACCAAGCUCGCGCUUCCCCGGCAACGCCCAGCGCUCGAUUAUCGCCGCGCAGUUUACGAGCCCUAUUGAUGCCUUAUAUCUCGCCGCGAUCUUCGACCCAGUAUUCACUGUUUCCUAUCCGGGAACUCGCAAAGUCCAGCGUGUGUCGCUUUUGCGCGCCAUACUGCUCGCCCUUUCGCCGCCUGUCCUCACCCCUCCCUCGCCUCGCAACUUAACGACGAUCCGCGCGCUAGUAGAGCAGUACCCCCAACGGGUGAUCGCAGUAUUCCCCGAAAUGACGACCACAAACGGCAAGGGUAUCCUCCCUUUCUCCCCAUCCCUUGUCUCCGCUCCAGCCGAUGCGCAUAUCUUCCCCGUCAGCAUGCGCUACACACCUCCCGACAUCACGACCCCAGUUCCCGGCGCCUACCUCUCCUUCCUAUGGAACCUACUUAGUAGGCCUACGCAUCUCAUAAGGGUUCGCAUCGCCGAGGGUGUAACCAAUAACUCAGCCGCCGAGACCAAUGGGGUAAACGGUUCCGACAACGAAAUCGCUCCUAGCGACGACGAGGCGGGGGAAGGCGAAGACGACGAUGCGCAUCUCACGCCGGAGGAACGAGCUCUACUCGACAAGAUCGCCGAUGCGCUCGCGCGAUUAGCCCGCAAUAAGAGAGUCGGUCUGUCGCUGCGGGACAAAGCAGCAUUCAUUGAAGCCUGGAAAAAAGGCAAGAAAUGAAUGAACGAAUACUCCGCGCGGAGAGUCGCUUGCGUGCUUUUAUUCCAUUCUUUGAAAUUUUCGGUGCCAUCACCGAAACGGUGGGCACGUUUGUUAUUUGUUCAGCACUGCAGCAUUGUCUAACGUCAUCGUGAUGCAUUUUACGGAGGGGGCGGAGCCAUGCAUUGAAUUUAUCGCUUUUCUUUGGUCUUCCCUCGCAUCGAAAACUUACGCUAGGUAUUUAAAUGGGAUGAUGUCGAAUGUGGUGGGACGAAUUAGGACUACCCCCACGGGUAGGUAGGUGAAGAGGAGGGAGAUGAAGGACAUGAAAAGGAUAUAGGUAUGAGCAGUACGACAUCCAUGUGUUAGUUAGCCUUCGGCUGGGCCGUAAGUUAUGAAGGAUAGGAAAGAGGAAGGGAAGGAAGGGUAGAUGAAGGAAAAGAGUGUAUCAUCAUUUUCGCUUUCAUCGACUUCAACCUCGACGAUUGGGGUCUUCUUAAUGUUACGCAUUUUAACUACAGUUAGAUCUCGGCCUUUUAUAGAUGCCCAAGCAAGCUUCUCGAGAAC